CCCAAACUCUUUGCCGUCGAGUUGAUUUCGGGUCAGAGCUACCGGAAUAUGUGGUACACAUUACCUCGCGAGGCAGAAGGUUCUGAAAGAAAAUCGUCUCGCUAAAAAUGCCUGGGCUGCUAAAAGAUGUAUUAGAAACGAAAGCGAUGCUUUCUCGCGAUAUCUUAAGACGCCCAAUGUACUAGGCUUCGGCUCCAGCGCCGGGAAAGAUCGCGAGAUCUCUGCAGUUGCCGAGGAGACGAGCAGGAGAAAAGAAGUGAUCUCGCGGAAGGAAAGGAGGUUGGGAGCGCUCGCGAGAUCUCAGGCCACCGACCCGAAAGGUUUUCGGGAAGUUGGAGGGCCGGGAGGAGGCCCCAGAGUAAAUGGCCGGAGCUGGGCCCACGAUGCUGCUACGAGAGGAGAAUGGGUGUUGUAGCCGACGUCAAAGCAGCUCCAGCGCUGGGGACACGGAUGGAGAGCAGGAGGACUCGCCGGCCGCGCGUGCCCGGCAGCAGCUGGAGGCGCUUCUUAACAAGACUAUGCGCAUUCGCAUGACCGACGGGCGGACUCUGGUCGGCUGCUUCCUCUGCACCGAUCGCGACUGCAAUGUCAUCCUAGGCUCAGCGCAGGAGUUCCUCAAGCCGUCGGAUUCCUUUUCUGCCGGGGAACCCCGUGUGCUGGGUCUGGCAAUGGUACCCGGACACCACAUCGUUUCUAUAGAGGUGCAGAGAGAGAGCCUGGCGGGGCCUCCCUAUCUCUGACUGCAGAUCGCGCAAGCUUUUCAGACUUCAUUAAACUUGUAUCGGAAA